AUGCAUUUGCCGUAUCUUCUCAUAAAUACUGCUUUUCUUGCUCAGGCCGUGUGGACUAUCGGGACUAAUGACCAAGUCGAACCUGACAUCGAUUAUGGCACCUUUCAGGAUCCUUCAUCCAACGUGAGACCACGAUUCCGCUACUGGGUAAAUGAUGCGUCCUUAAACCUGAACGUGGUGGCGGAGGAUGUAAAGGCUAUGGGGGAAUCCGGAGCAGGGGGGCUUGAGUUACUCGGUUACUAUCUUUAUGGAGACACGCUGAAUUAUGGGGCACAAAUGCAAUGUCCUUUGCAGUCAGACUGGACUACAUUCGGUUUUGGUAGCCCUGCCUGGAAGAGUCUGGCCGACACCGUCUUGGUGACAGCAAAGAAAUACGACUUACUCGUGGACUUGGCAAUGGGACCAAACCAAGGCGCCGGUGUCCCAGCGCCAUAUAACGACGAUGGCCUUCUUUGGGACUUACCCGGCUUCAAUUCGACAUUUCCUAGCGACAAAGGCUUCGAUGGUAUCAUUCCAGGAUGGGGUGCAGGGCCAUUGAUUGCAGCUGUUACCGCUCACGUUAGCUCGACUGGUUCGAGCAACGAAACAUACAAAGUGCUUGCGGAAAGCUCUCUGUUAGAUGUGACAAAUCUCGUCAAAUCAAACGGCCAUCUUCAGAUACAGGCAAACAAGACUGCAGAUAGUUCCGAGCAGCUCAUCUUCGCUUACUAUUUAGUGCACUCUGAGUAUCGAGAGGUCGAGAGUCCUGAUAACCUUCCGGCCGCUGUCCCCCAGUCACCCAUCACCAGUUACCCUCAGAACGGAUCAUGGGUGGUCGAUCACUUCUCGCCCCAAGGCGCGUUAGUAGUUAUAGACUUCUGGAAACAGUCGUUGCUGGACAGUGAAACAGGCGCACUGAUUCGUGAAGUGGGCAAUUACCUCUGGGAAGACAGCCAGGAAUAUACCGUCUCCACAUUCUGGACCCCGCAUCUCCAAGAGGUGUUCCAAACCAAUCGAGGCUACAGUAUCAACAGAUUCAUACCGAUCCUGGUCGGCUCCGGCGGCGGGUCGACUCCUCAGACGACCUAUGUAACUGACGAGCCUGAUGCAGGCGCGAGCCAUACAGUGGACUAUCAGCAAACACUAACGGAACUGAACGCCGAGUAUCUCACAUCUCUAACACAGUGGAGCAAUGACCUUGGUAUUCAGUUUUCAGCACAGGUGGUUUACAAUUUGCCAAUGGAUAUGCUUGCCAAUGUUCCCUAUGUCAACGGACCCGAGUGCGAAACCCUAGGAUUCAGGGACAGCAUCGACAGCUAUAGGCAAUUUGCAGGCCCCGCGCACCUUGCUGGGAAGCGCAUCAUUACCAACGAGGCUGGCGCAGAGAUGGCGAAAGCAUACCAGGAGCCUAUACCCGAGCUUUUGUGGACACUGAAGCGUUCUUUUGCCGGCUCGGUCAAUCAAUUUGUGCUUCACGGAUACCCUUACUCGGGUAAUUAUGGAAACACGACAUGGCCUGGCUUUACAACCUUUUCAUAUGAGUUUUCGGAGAUGCAUGGUCCACGUCAGCCGUCGUUUGCCUUUUAUAGAGAUUUCCUCGAUUGGAUAUCUCGUACCCAGUUCGUGCAACAGACAGGUAUUCCCAAGGCAGACAUUGUCUUUUGGUCGAAAUCCACCUCCUACAAGACCCUUCCAACUGUUUACAGUCCCGUUGAUUUACAGAGUGCAGGCUAUAUAUAUGAAUACCUUAGUCCCGACAACUUUGUACUACCCGGAGCAUAUGUUUCCAAUGGCACUUUUGCGCCUGAUCAACAGGCCUUCAGAGCGCUCGUGGUGCGAGCAAACGAAACUCUGACAGCAUCUGGGGUUGCUAAGCUUGUCGAGUACGCACAUUCCAAGCUUCCGAUCAUUUUUUCCGGUGGACUGCCCGGAAAUUACAGCGGGUACAAUCCCAAAGCUGCGAGGCAAGCUGUCAGCACGAUUAGAAACCUAACCUCUUUGUAUAAUGUCCAUAUUGUGCCGUACGAGAACCUGGCGGCAACACUCAAUUCUCUCAACAUCCUGCCGCGUACAUCUGUGAGCGCGAACCGCACCUGGUACACCACCUGGAGGUAUGAUACAAAGACGCUUACGGACUACGUCUAUGUUUACAAUGAUGCAGCCGGGGUCCCAUAUGGAGGUGGAACCUCUUCAGGAAGUAUAUCUUUUGAGACAACGGGAACACCCUUCUUGUACGAUGCCUGGUCAGGCGAUAUCAUUGCCUUGUCUAUCUACCAGAAGUCUGAGACCCAUGUUACAAUUCCUCUUACGCUGGCCGGAAACCAGUCCGUGAUUAUCGGCUUCCAUAAGAACGCCCAGCCAAGUCUCCACUUACAGAAUACAACAGACGGAGUUCUUUGGGCAACCAGUAAUACGACACAUCUCGCCGUUCUUAGAUCCUUUGAUCAGGAGUCUCGCGACGUCUACCUUUCAAAUGAGAAGUCCGUGACGCUAGCCCCAAUGCUAACGCCUGCAUUUACACUUGGAAACUGGACGUUGAUAGUCGAGUCAUGGACGGCGCCUUCGGAAUUCUACAACGUCGAGUCGAGGCCGACGCGCACUAACCACACUUUUGCGCUUCCAAAUAUAUUGCCCUGGAACCAGGUUUCAACAUCACUAACCAAUGUUUCUGGAAUUGGGUACUACUCGACAACAUUCGACUGGCCUCCAGAGGCUACCAAUGGCACGGUGUCUGGCGCAAUCAUUGACCUUGGGCCAAUUGUUCACACGGCGCGAGUCACCAUAAAUGGGCAUGUGCUGCCUCCGGGAGAAAUCACAUGGGCAAAGUGGGACAUUGGACAGUUUAUCCGACGGGGACGCAAUUCAGUCGAGGUUGUUGUGAGCACUACACUUGGGAAUGUUCUGCGGACAUACUGGGAUGAACUGGAGACUAGUGGGCAGCAUGCAUCAACGGUGGUUCCGUCCCCACCGGAUGAGGCAGACUACGGAUUGAUUGCUCCGGUGAAGAUUAUUCCUUAUCGUGAAGACCAGGUUGCUUAG